AUGGUGCAGGAUCAAACAGAUACGGCCAAGUGGGAACGUUACUACCAAGGUGAGGCGCCAUGGGACACGGGGCGGCCUGCGUCCCAAUUGGUGGAGCUGCUGCCACGACUCGCCACCUUGUGCCACUCAAUGCGUGAGAACAAGGCCCCGCGCGCCCUGGAGCUGGGCUGUGGCACAGGAGCUUCCUGUUGUUAUCUCGCCGAGCAGGGAUACAAUGUCGUUGGUAUUGAUGUUGUGCAAGCAGCCUUGGAUCAGGCUGAGAAACAGCGCGAGCAGCUGCAGGAACGCAGCAGCGCAGCCGCCGAGCGCCUCAGUUUCAAAUGCCAAGACUUUUGGGAACUGGAGGACGCCACGGACGUUCAUGGAACCUACGAUUUCAUCUUUGAUUGUCAGCUAUACCACACGGUGGCCCCUGAGGCUCGUGCACGACUGGUCGAUUUGUAUCAGCGGCUGCUGCAGCCUGGAGGCGUGCUGUGUAUGCUAACGGGCAACGCCAAUGAAGCCGAAGUGGGCCCGGCCACCGUGUCGCGCGAAGAGCUCACCCUGGACUGUGGGCCCUUUGCGGCUGCCAGCUGGGAGCAGGUGGAGCUUUGCGAAACCCGGUUUGAUCCAACACCAGCCUAUGACCGAUUGGAGCGUUGCCCACUCGCUUGGCAAGCCAUCUUCCGGCGUCUACCCUCACGGCCUGACCCAGCUCCGGAUCGUGCGCAGCUAGUAGCCCAACUCGAAUGAUGUAUUUGAGCUUGCACCAUAAGGACCUUGCACGCCGACAUUGGAUGGGUGUGCGCGAGUCUCAUCCUUCUCAUACUAUUCAAAUUGCAUUUGAUCAUACU